AAACCUGCCUAUUUUCCUCGUAAUGUCACAAUUUCAAAGCUAUACGAGAACAAGUUAAUUAUCUCACACAAUAUGUGUAAUGUUGUGUGUCUUAUUCCAGUAAUUUAUGCUAAUGUUGGUUUUUUGAGCUCGCACCCAAUUGACUCCCAUUCACUCCUUGAAGAUGUGCGCUCCUUGUCCCAGAAUCGCCCAGAAUGCACCGCGCGGGCGUUAAUACCAUUCGAAUGGAGUUUACAAUUUCAUUUCUUAAAAGUAUCUCGGGUUAGCCAUCAAAUUAGCAGGGUCUCUGUAGAUAGCACCAGUUGAAAAAAAUGCUUGAGGGAGCUCACGUAAUGACGACGGUUGGGGUAAUGUGGCAUUUAUUUUAAAACAGAUUAGCAUGGAAUACGAUGCCUGGUUUGCUGGCUAGGAUAGGAAGGUAAAUUUAAGCUACGGAGCUAGCUAGCGUAGUUAACAUUGGCCAUCUCAAUUCACUAACUUUGAGACCCUGCUAGCUAGUUAGGGCUAGAAACAGUGUACAGCUAAUGUUAGCUAAACCAAUCGUUUGCUCAAUUAUUUUGGAGGACACUGGCUAUCAAGAUAUCUUCCGUUCAAAGUGAGUUUGUUUAUUUGUGCACUGUGAUGCAGUGAUUUUGCUACGGAAUUCGCUAGUUACCCACGGCAGUAAAUUAACGUUACCCGCGAUUGCGGGUUUGGCUGCAAAACCGUGCGUUUGAAUCACUGUGGAUUUUUUGGACUGAUUGUGUCUGUCAUUCAUGGCCCGGGGCACUCCCUAGGCUUUUUUCCUCUGCUGGAGGUGGUUAGUAAACAUUUGGGAUGCUGAUGAAAGUAGUUGAACAAUACUGGAAAUCCAAAUAAGUGAGACCAGACUCGAAUUGCCAUGGAGGGGAUCGGUGGCGGAAAUUUGCAGAAAGUGACUCCUUUAGCUCGAGAAUUAACCCGGAUCUUCAACAGCUACAAUAAACACUCCAUACAACUAAAAAAUAAUCUGAAAGAGACCAACGCAUUUUUCCGGGAAAUAAAACAGAACUACAGUAAUGCCUGCGCAUCAGCCGCCAGCUCAGAGGCAGCUGCUCUGGAGGCAGGUCAGCUGAGCUGCAUCUUUUUCCCCCCGCAUGAAGAGGAGUUCCUGCACAGCAGCGUGGGCAGCGCCCCCUACAUCCUGGUACUUGGCCAGGACUGCGCCGCGCGCUACCAGCUGCUCAACUGCCUGCUGGGGGAACGGCUCCUGCCCCUAGGUCCCGUGGCGGGCGAGGCCUGCAAUGGCGUUCAUGGCACGGCCUGCAAGAGGAGGAAGCUGUGCUUCACCCACGGGCGCCAGACGCGGCUCAGCCUGGCGCUGCCCGGCCAGUAUGAGCUGGUGCACCAGCUGGCGGCCCACUGUGGGCGCUGGGAUACGGUGCCCAGGGAGGAUCUGGAGAUCCAGGAGGAAUGUGAGGACCCAGCCCACAGACUGGCCGAGCUGGAGAUCACCCUGCACCACCCUCUGCUACAGGAGGCGAAAAUCAUGGUGGUGCCGUGCCCCAGUGUCCAGCCCAUCGAGGAGGCCCUGGAGGACUGCACGCGUAACGUGGUUCCCAUCAUACUCUAUGCCCUCAACCAGGACACCCUCACUGCCGAGCAGGUGGCUGAGCUGAGGAAAGUCAAAGAGACGCUCCCCUUCCCCAUCUUCUUCAUGCGUAUCCCAGCCGAGGCCUCCCCCGAGCCCAGCCGGCGCCUGGAGAGGGAGAAGAGCCCCCUUUACAAGCAACUGCUGUCCCUAGGCUUUCUCAGCACCCCAGUAGGGAACUGUUCCUGCGGAGCCCCCUCCCAGACGCCCAGCCUGGCCACCAAGCCCCAGAGUGUACUGGGGGAGGCCUUUGAGAGGCUACACCGCCUCCUGGUGCCCUUCGCCCGCCAGGUGCUCCACUACCAGCAUGUGGAGGCUGCUAACCUGCUCAACGGGGUGCACUGCCGCUGCCUCGACCUCUUCAUCAACCAGGCCUUUGACAUGCAGAGGGACCUGCAGAUCACGCCACGGCGGCUGGAGUACACGCGGGAGAAGGAGGGCGAGUUGUUCACCUCCCUGAUGGCCAUUGCUAACCGCAAACAGGAGGAGAUGAAGGAAAUGAUCGUGGAGACGCUGAGCAGCAUGAAGGAACAGCUGCUGGAGGAUGCUGCCAACCUGGAGUUCACAGACCUCAUAGUGGCGACCAACGGAGAGCCUGUUACUUCAAAGGUUAUAAAAUCCUGCAUCCACCAGAUCCAGGAGCUGAUAGUUGUGAGGUUAAACCAAGCGGUGGCCAACAAGCUGAUCAGCUCUGUGGACUACCUGAGGGAGAGCUUUGUAGGAACCCUGGAGCGCUGUCUAAACAGCCUGGAGAAGUCCAACAUGGAGUCCUCCGUCCACAACGUCACCUCCAACCACCUCAAACAGAUACUUAACGCUGCCUAUCACGUGGAGGUGACCUUCCAUUCAGGAUCCUCUGUUACGAGACUCGUCUGGGAGCAGAUCAAACAAAUCAUCCAGAGGAUAACGUUUGUGAACCCUCCUGCCAUCACACCAGAGUGGAAGAGAAAUGUGGCCCAGGAUGCCAUAGAGAGCCUGAGUGCUGCCAAGCUGGCAAAGAGUAUCUGCUCCCAGUUCAGAACACGCCUCAACAGCUCCCACGAUGCUUUUGCUGCCUCCCUGCGACAGCUGGAAGAAGGUCACACGGGGCGGUUGGAGCGUACUGAGGACCUGUGGCUGCGUGUGAGGAAAGACCACGCCCCACGGCUGGCCCGCCUGUCUUUGGAGAGCCGCUCCCUCCGAGACGUGCUGUUGCAUGGCAAGCCCAAGCUUGGCCGAGAGCUGGGGCGGGGUCAGUAUGGAGUGGUCUAUCUGUGUGACAGCUGGGGGGGACGCUACCCCUGCGCUCUGAAGUCUGUGGUACCGCCCGACGACAAGCACUGGAACGAUCUGGCUCUAGAGUUUCACUACACCAGGUCCCUCCCUAAACAUGAGCGUCUGGUGGAUCUCCACGGCUCGGUGAUUGACCACACGUACGGUGGGGGCUCCAGCAUUGCUGUGCUGCUCAUAAUGGAGAGGCUUCACAGAGACCUCUACACAGGCUUGAAGGCUGGUUUAUCACUAAAGGAGAGACUCCGGAUCGCUCUGGAUGUGGUGGAAGGCAUUCGCUUCCUGCAUGGUCAGGGGCUUCUACAUCGAGACAUCAAACUAAAGAACGUUCUAUUGGACAAGCAGAACCGGGCCAAGAUCACAGACCUGGGCUUCUGUAAGCCAGAGGCCAUGAUGUCUGGCAGCAUCGUAGGAACCCCUAUCCACAUGGCCCCUGAGCUCUUUACAGGAAAGUAUGAUAAUUCUGUGGACGUCUAUGCCUUCGGAAUCCUGUUCUGGUAUCUCUGCACUGGCUCUGUCAAACUCCCAGAGUCCUUUGAGAAAUGCUCCAGCAAGGACCAGUUGUGGAAUAACGUUAAAAAAGGCGCGAGGCCUGAGCGGUUGGCCGGCUUUGAUGAGGAAUGCUGGCAGCUGAUGGAGGCCUGCUGGAAUGGAGACCCUUCCCAGAGGCCCCUGCUCGGCAUCGUAGAGCCCAGCCUGCAAAGCAUCAUGGUACGGCUUUGUAAAUGUGGCUCGCAUCAGAAAAGCAGCAGCCUGGAGGACUCAAACUGACACACUCCAAGAGGACCACAGACUGUUGCAAAGGAUUAUGGUCAAAAGAAAAGUAUUUUUUGUUGUAUUUAUGGAAAAAGGACAGUGUGCUUCUGGAAGGCCAAAAGAGGAGAUGACCAAGACAGUUUUCCUCUUCCUUUAAAGGAGUUAAAUAUACACUAUUUAAGAUGAACUGAAACCGGACAUGUUUGUGCCGUGUGUAUUUGUAUAGUACAAACUCAGUCUAGCGUACACUAUGCUUUGCUCCAUGCUAAUUGCUGCUUGGUUAUAGAAUUGUUACUAGAUAUGAAAUGUUUAAAAUGAAAAAAUAUAUAAUUUUAGAUUGUAUUCCUGCAUCUAUGCAAUUCCAACUUUUUUUUAAAUAAAUGAUUGACAAAAUAA